CCGGUCCGGCAGCUAAAUGUGCCCGCCACAAGUGAUUGUCGUGUGGACUUAUUACAUGAAUGUGGUGUGUACGAGUUGUUGCACUCAGCUUAACACAAGUCUCUCAUUCUGUGGCAAAUAAAAAACCUUUGUGUUCUUUAACGAGGUUACAUUUGCUGCCUAGCUGGCGUCGUUUUAGCGCUGUGAAUAUUUCUGGUGCAGAACAACGGUUUAUGUCGACCGAACCGAAGAGGAUUCGCACUGACAACAUGACCGUUAAAAAGAUUGGAACACACAACGGAACCUUUCACUGCGACGAGGUUCUGGCCUGUUUCUUUCUCCGCCAGUUACCGGAGUACGCGGAUGCUGAAAUUAUUCGGACAAGAGAUGCAGCACUACUGGCAGAAUGUGAUGUUGUUGUUGAUGUGGGAGGAGAAUUUGACUCCAAGAGGCAUCGCUAUGACCAUCAUCAGAGGACCUUCGCAGAGAACUUCCACAGUCUGUGUCCAGAGAAGCCGUGGGUGACCAAGCUCAGCUCUGCCGGUCUGGUCUAUCUGCACUUUGGCCGUCGACUGCUGGCCCUGCUGACGCAGAUGAAGGAGGACGACAGGCAGCUGGAGAUCCUCUUUGACAAGCUGUACGAGAACUUUGUAGAGGAAGUGGAUGCUGUAGACAACGGCAUCUCACAGUAUGACGGGGAGGCUCGUUACGCCGUCUCUUCCACGCUGAGUGCACGUGUUGCACAUCUUAAUCCUCGUUGGAACAGCAAGAGUCAGGAUACAGAGGAGGGUUUCAGGAAGGCCCUGAAGAUGGUUGGGGAGGAGUUUUUGGACCGUCUGGAUUUCUACAAGUCAUCUUGGCUGCCAGCUCGAGCAGUUGUUGAGCAAGCAGUCAAAGAGAGACAUAAGGUUGAUCCCAGUGGGGAGGUGCUGCUGUUCUCUCAGGGUGGCUGUCCGUGGAAGGAGCAUUUGUUUGCACUAGAGAGAGAACUCAAUGUGGAGACUGUCAUCAAAUUUGUCAUUUACCCAGACCAGAACGGCCAGUGGCGGGUCCAAUGUGUCCCUGCAGGGCUCAACACCUUCCAGAACAGGCUGUCCCUUCCGGAGGAGUGGCGUGGUGUGCGAGAUGAAGCGCUGUCGGAGCUCAGUGGCAUUAAGGGUGGCAUCUUUGUCCAUGCUGGAGGAUUUAUAGGCGGCAACAAAACUCAGGAAGGAGCCCUGGAGAUGGCCAGAAGGACCCUGCAGGCUGCCGCCCAGUCACCUGCUAACGGAAGCAACUGAACGUUCAGAGAGAUUAGCCAACCUUCAGCCAGUGUUUCAUAGAGUAUCAACGAUUAAUGUGUUAGUUUAGAUUGGAAUGGUUUUGUUAAAUCCUGUUCUCUCUACCUGUUCUGUGUACCGUUUGUGGUUGUCCUUCGUGAUACAGACCUGUUUCUGGUUUCCUUUUUGGUAUUUGUAUUUACUGCUGGGUUAAAAUCAUCAAUAAACAAACUGUAUUUCUCA